CAGUAAGGACACAUUUCUUGUGUACUUGCCAAAAUCUCUAUCUUUCCUUAAAGAUCACUGAGGUUUGUUGACACUAGCCUUUUCAAAAUUCGAUACUAGUACUUACGAAAAUGGGCCACAAACGUUAAAACUAGUGAGCUUUGGUAAUGUGAAAGUGUAACAACUGGAUUUUUCUUUAGUGGUUUUAGAAAGUUGACUUUUGUGCAUAAUAUUGAGUCGGAUUUCCUUUGUAUAGGACGACUGUAAAGAUGAGAAUAAAUUAGCAGUUACAUCUUGUCUGUUAGCUAGGUAUAUCAAACCGAAAUAAAUAUGAUCUUGCAGACAUUUCAAUAAGGAACAAAUACUGAAUGUAGUUUCCUAACCUAAUACAUGCGUAUGUACUGACAAAAUCACACAAAGGAGGUAUGAAUGAUCAAGUAUCGGAACUCCUAUGGAUUGCAUGACAGAUAAAGGUAGACUAGACUCAAAGUUCAUAUUUGAAAAUAUGCACGUUAAUCACAUAUACAUAAUGUAAACAUAAAAUUAACAACUUUAUGUGUAUUAACAGUAAUAUGAAUUGGCUUGAAACAGCACACAUUUAAUGCUUGUAUGUAUAGCUUGAUGUGAAGUACCAAUAAAAACUGGAAGCUUCUUAACAAUCGCCUGUUACUGUAUGUCAUUUAAUUAAGAAUGUAGCUUUACAUAACACAAUUAAUUUACAGAUUCAUUAAAGAUUUCUUCAUUUUAAGUAAAUCUACGGGUAAAAUGCACUUUAGUAGUCCCCGGAAGAUUACAAUGCGCAUACACAGCAAGUUGAGCUGUGGGGAAAAAGUUGGGGUGUGGGGGCAGCAGGCCCGCAACAUACUAGUAUUCAUCUAAAAAGAAAAUUACCGCUUAUAACUUUUAAUUUUUAAGACAUUUUAAAACUACUAUUAUUGUAUGGACGGCUAAAAUGCAAGUUCUUAAUAUAUUUGUAUGUGAGAUAUGAACAUUGGAUAUCGUUAAAACAUACAAAUAUUCCAAUGCUUUAAAAAUACCAGGGAAUAAAGUUGUAUAGCCAGACUAAUGACAAGUAAAUUGGAUUAGUCAAUAUUUUUGCGUUUUUCCUUAUUCAUAUUUCGUCUAUUAUCUCAAUGACCGAGAUGACAUAAUAUUUCGAUAACAUUGUAAGAUAUGAUUGUAUAGUUGUAUACUAAUCUUCUAUCAAGAUAUUAUCAGCCAAUUUGGAUAUCGCAUUUCUGCGUGUGCGUAUAUGGUGUAAUAGUUUUAAAUGGAAUAAGCGUCAACUACAGAAAUAAAUGAAAUAUAUCUCAUUACGGAAUUGGACAGCUACAAACAGUUCAGGAAAUUAAUCAUUACAAAAACAACAACAAAGGAUUGUUCAUUAUAAAAAAGAAAUAAAGUUGAUACAGAUAUAAAUUCGCUUAAAGAACAUGUCGAUGUCACUGAAUUCAGGCGGUCGUGAAAAUCAUGAAGAUGUAGUGGAAACAUCUGGUCUAGAAAUAACUGAUAAGGAAGCAGAUUUAAAUAUUCCGGUAAAUGAGAUGAAAGGAUUGUCUUUGACUGUAAACGAUGAUAUAGAAGAGCAAACUGAUGAAGGUGAUGGUUUAUUGAAGAAACUUGGUACUUUAGCUUGUGUUGUUGGUAAGAAAAAGGUUAAGGGCAAAGAAGAAAUAGAACCGUUCUCAACAAACCAAGAGUCUUGGAUUUACAGUAACUUGGCCUCUGAUAUUGCCGAGGCAGAAGCGGAAAAUGUCAGUUCAAAUAUAACAGGCACUCAUAUCAAACAUUCUCCCAGGCAGAAACAAAAUAUUGAUUCAACAGAAAGUGAUUGCUACAAGUUUACAUAUCCAAAAAGAGGAUAUUUACUUCUUGUAAUAAAUGAAAAAUUCUAUAAUCAGGCUUCAAGGAAAGGUGCAGAUUUAGAUUUACUGAAAAUGAAAAAAGUUGCCAAAAAGAUUGGCUUCCAGACCUUAAAUAAAGGAGCUGAAACAAACCUUACAAAGGCUGAAACAAUGAACUGGCUUCUGAAAGCACAAGAUACAGACCAUUCUACUUCUGACUGUUUUAUGUUCAUGAUAAGCACCCACGGUCUGGAACAGCAGAAUCCAAGAAAAGGUGGUCUUGUUGACCACGCCCUUGUAUGUGCAGAUGACCAGCUGAUUUUCACUAGCACUAUUAUUGAAAUGUUCAGCGAAACCAAUUGUCCAAGUUUGAAGGGGAAACCGAAAAUAUUUAUCAUUCAAGCAUGCAGAGGAACAAGUGUGGACCAUGGGAGUGAUAUGACUAUUUCGAAUCACAAGGGCAAACCGGACAGUACUGUAAGAGACAGAAAAGCUAAACAUGAUAAUCCAAUGCACUUACAAUCAGACGUGUCUGACACAAAAGGCGGACAGGAUUCUUGGGUUAUGAACACACCACGUGACAUAGAUACGCCAUGUCUGAAAUGUGACGCUGAUAUGCUGGUAAUGUACGCAAUACCCCCCGGGAUGCUGGCCUGGAGAAACACGGCUGACGGAUCAUGGAUGAUACAUUACCUCUACGAAAUACUUAUGGCUUAUGAUUUGAAAGCUCCAAAAAGCUUUUUGAACAUUUUGACUAAAGUUUCGGCAAGAAUGGCACUUCGCUCUACAGAUACACCAUCAAUUCCAGAAAUACAUGAAAAGAAGGCAAUUCCAGUUAUUGAACACAUGCUUACACGGGACAUUCUGUUUUCACUAAAGCUCUAAAUAUAACAAACAUACGAAUUCAAGGUGAAAUGACUGUGUAAGAACAUGCUAGUCAAAUGAUAGAUAUCUUCUAAUUACCGCGGCCUAGUUUGGGACAUUUUGGAUGGAAACCUGAUGAGGUCUUUUACAUUGUAGUUUAUUUUAAAAGCUACUUUUGUUUUGCGUUGAAACUAUGAAUAGUCCUAUAUAAAAAAAGAGUUAUUUGGUAAAUGAGGUAAAUUAUAUGACUCCCUGUUUAUAUCACUGGCAUGGUUGGAGAAAAGUGUCCAAUGAAACGUUUCUCAAUAUACAUCAAGUGUAGCAAAUAUUGUCAAAAUAUAUAACGCUGGAAAUUGU